AAUUGACUAGGCCGGUAACGUAUUCAUCUUUUGCGACGAGGACAAGCACAGAUAUUAUUCCAAGAACUUAGAAUAUUGUUUGUUCUUGGGUUACCUAUUACCUAAUCCCGUCUUGUCGCUCAGCACCCUCGGCGGUUUCCCCUAAUGAAUCGCGUCCACCGUCUUCACGAUGUCUGAACGACCGUACAAAUAUGGCCUAUAUCCUGGCCAGCAAGGCCAGCAACCUCAUUCACACACCCACCCGCCUUUUCCUCAAUCGUUUAAUCAACCACCGCCCGUAAAUUCCCAACAACCUCCCUAUGCCACUCUUGGCAAUUAUGCGACCGUUAAUAACUCUUAUCAAUACAACGCAAGCACCAUACCUGGGUUAGGCAUGGGAACUUUUCAACCACCUAUAUCAUAUGAAUCUGGAAGCAACACACCGUGGAAUGCACAACCACAGAACGUGUCGCAUCAGACUCUUCAUGUUAAAACGCCCGAUAAUAAUCGCACCAUAUCGUCUAAGAAAGACAAACUACCUGUGUCGUCCCGGGGACAAGCGAGUCACACCCUCGAAGAAGGAGAGCUUAGCGAAGGCGAGUUCGAUGAUCUAUAUGAACCAAAGGAUACGGUUGACGUUGCCGUACCUGCCUCGUACCCUAGGCAACCAAGUGCUACGGAGAAUACGAACGGAAGUGUGGGGGAUGCGGAUGGUUCCUCAAUUUAUGAUGGUGCAACACCUCAAGGUGAAACGGCCAUUAAUAGUACAUCUACAUCACUGCCCGCAGCCGAACAGGAAUAUUCCCCGGGCGAAGACGUGGAAGCCGACGAUCAAGAACGGGAGAGGUCUGGCUCUUAUUCCCCUUACCUGUCUCCUAGAGAGAUUCAGCGCAGGGCAUCAGUGAGCAAGCCCAUAUCUUAUGGGUCUAAGCAAACUCCAAAUACUCAGCCCCCGUUACAGUCUCUGCCAGGUAUCAAUAUGCCGUCCUCAGAGCAGCCGACAACUGGUGCUACAUUACCAAAUGGCACAUCUUAUUCGGGAUCUGUUACGAAUGGUCAUAGUGCUACCCAUUCUACCCCUACAGGAGGCUCUUUGCUUUAUUCCUUCCAGUCUGUAGCAGAAGCAAAGAAGAAGGCACAAGAAGCUAUCCUUGGUCUAUGGUCGUUCAAAGUUCGGUAUCAAGAUUAUAUCGAGGAGGGUUUUGAUGAGAAGUUGAUGAAGAGCUUGUUCGCGGAUUUGGGCCUGGAAACCUCUAUCCCUAAAACUACUACGGUACAAAAACCCACGAAUGACCCGGAGCCUCCAAAUGCUCCUUCUGAACCUACUAAGGCCGUUCCUGAACCACAGGGCACCAAAUAUCCAUCUUCGGCUAUAUCAAACUUGAAGCAACCUCCUACUGCCGAUUCUGCAGCUAAGUCCAAUAAAGAUGACAGCGCGAAAUCAGCCCAGAAGACAGCUGCUGAGGAGCGCAAGGAUAAAAUUGCCCGAAAGCUGGCGGCGAGAGCCCAGAGAACCGUACCUGUCGUCCAGCCGUCUACUACAGCCCCGCCGUCUCAGCCCACCACGACGAGUGCGAGCGCAACGGCUCCUAUUAAUAUGUCACCAGCAAAGCCUAAGACGCGAGCUGAGAACAACGCAAUUCUCCACCAAAAACUUGCUGCAUUAAAGAAGGCACAGGAAAAAGCAAUGGCUGAUAAAAAAUUGGCAGCUAGUAGCCCAGCCAAGCCCGCAACACCCCAAGCCGUGCCUGCAAGUAAUCCUAGUAUGACCGCUGCAUCGAAAACCCACGAAGAACUAUCCUCCAAAACUCCCGCAGCGCCGAUUCCAGCAGCAGAGCCGAGUCGGCGUUCUGUAUCCACAGAAAAGAGCUUGCCUAGGGAAGGGGGGAUUCCAGGUCUAUCCUUGGUCACUCAGCCGGUACAACAGAACGGCCGCAACUUGAAACGGCCCGUUGCUUCGGAUUUCGAUAAUUAUUCCAGUCCCGCCGGGACACUUAAGCGAUCGCGUACUCAAGAACAGUUGAUAAUUGAUGUCAGUGAUGAUGAAGACGUGGAAAUGGACAUUGGUUCACCUAUCGACGAGCCUAAUUCGUCGAACGGAAUAACCAAUCAACCAUCAGGACAAACCCCUCUAGGAUCAUUUCCACCAUUAUCUAAGUCUCCUAGUUGGAAACAACGUUCUAGCCCUGGUUCAACUACUGCUCCGACGCCACCAGUGCCCGGAAUCAAGCUUGAUCUACUGAACAAGCGCAUCGAGGAGGCGAAGAGGCAGAUUGCAGAAGCAGAAGCUAAGAAGGCUGCGAAGAUGGUUAUUUCUCAGUCGCCUCGGGCUCGGUCCUCAGCAGCGUCUACUCCUCCACAGAAGAUCUCUGAAGUUUCAGAAACGCUACAGAAGGCCAAAAGAGGCAAUGUCGAGAGGCGCGAUAGGAUUGUAAGUUUCGAAUUGCCGAUUAUCGAUGCCGACCUCCAGGAGAAACAGGAGAGGCUCAAGCAGGCUGUUGCCCAAGCAGCGCAGCUUGAACUCGAGAUCCAGGCGAGCAUUGAGGAACGAAGGAAGCUAACGGCUGAGAUCGAGGAGUUGGCAGAUUCUUCAGGACCAUUAACUCCUGAGCCGAGCGUGCAAGCUCAGUUUGUUCUUCCUGGUGCAGCAACGUCAACUGAGCCGAAUCAUGUUGAACCACAGCACCCAAACGGACAGCAAUUGAGCAUCAAGCAAGCUGAAGAUGCACUCAUCACCGCUGGUCAGGACAUACAUAACCAAAGCCAAGGACCAACUCCAAGUGAUGUCCAACCUAAUUUACAACCACCUCGAGCCAAUGCUUCAGGUGGCCAGCCUUUCGUCGCUAUCCAAUCUCCACAGAAUCUUGCUGAAGAUGAUCACGUAUCUCCAGCGUCACCUAGUGAUCACCACACACCAUCUGAGAGCGCAUCCGCAGAUAUGAUUCUGGAAGACAGUACAGCCGACCUUGACGCCAUAGUCAUUGUUACGGAGAACCAAGUGCAAAAACAAGAUCACGAAAUGGCGGACAUUCCGGAGCAAUUACCUUACGUCUCAUCCCCCAGCAGUGAUGACUCAUACAGGCCACAGUCAACCCCCAUUUCCCCUAUUCGUGACGUUCCCCUCCUUGAGCCCGAGAAUAACACCUCAAAACAAUUCUCACUACAAGAAGAUAACAUUCCACUCAAUAAUGACAUGCCUACCCACGAAUUAUUGAAUGAUGCUGACCCAUAUCAACCGGUCCAAGAUCUGGCUUUGUCAGCGAUGGAAAAGCCUAGUGGAGAAGUACACAACGGCUCAUCUCCUGAGCACCCGUUACUGACCGAUGCGCAGGAUGAACUUGAACAGAAACCCCGAUUAGAGGAUUUGUUAUCAUACCAUAGUCCUCUCGGGUACUUCCGUGCAUAUAGGUUCCAUCCCAAAUACUUUGAUGAGGUAGCGGGCGGUCUUAAGUCAAUGACUUACAGCUCUAAAAUUGAUCCCAUGCGACCAAUCUGCCCGCGUGUGUUGGCCGGAGAGCAGUGCCCCGAUGGAAAUUCUUGCGAAUUCCAGCACUUUGAGAGCAUGGUGCUUCCCGGUGAGUCCUAAGAUCAACCCCUCCUGAUACUGCCACCCCUUUCUGCGAAAC